AUGUUUGUGGAUGAAGUAGACGCAUUACUCCAAUCCGGGAUACAGCAGCGGCCGGUCGGCGUGCAGACGCAGUCGGACUUGAGCGAGGACCACUUGACUGAGACUGCUGGCCAGUUGCGGUCCAUAAGUGCGCUCGUACAUCGGGCCGCUACGGAUGAAUACGACUUCACCCAGCCAAGGCUUGAAGCCAGGCCUCCUAUCACCAACGCAUCCAGUACCACGAACGACCAGCCACGCAACCCAGUAUUGGCGAAGCGCAAGUCUGAGACUGCACAGUUGUCCAGCAACUCUGAGCGCAUACGCAAGGGCCCCAGACAGAAGCCUUCACUUAGAGAUGUGGUCAAGCGCUGGAUCUUGAUUGAUCGUGUUCGGCGUCUCUGGCCGGAGGGACAACGUGAUGGCGUUCCUCAGCCAUUGUGCGAGAUUUGUCAGACUUUGGAUCUGGACGUCCACAGCUUUGCAAUAUCGAGUAAACACGUUAAGAGACUUCGUUCCGGGCGCACGAUGGGCACCCUACGACAGAUCUGGGGCAGAAGUGUGAAAUGCCCGCUUUGCCGAUUGUUCGUUAAGUCGCGCUGGACAGGUAUACUAAAUCUGGAAGCUGUCUGUGAUGUCAAGUGGCUGCUUGAUGGACGCAAGAAGGUCAUGACGGCAGAGGGAGACGAGUUGAUGAUUAAUCUUACUAGACGCCUCAGCGUCGUAUGGCUGGACGACUUCGACAACGAAGCUCACAUUGUUCUUGUCUAUCCAAACCUCACAUUCGGACCGCAGCCGCUGUUCCUGGGUCGGCUGCUUACAUCAAUCGAGGUACCCUCGGCUCAUCUGGUCAAGGAAUGGUAUCAACUUUGCAAAAGCCGCCAUCCGGAUUGCAAUGUCAGUACCUCCAGCAGUCUACGGAACCUUCAACUGGAAAGCUACUUCGGUGUUAUCGAUCUGGAAUGUAUGAAGCUCUCUGCUUUGCCCGAUGUCGACAUAGAAUACGCAGCACUGAGUUACACUUGGGGUCUGUCCAGCUCAGACGUCACACGCUUCUACACCACCAUAGGCAACGUCGAAACUCUCAAGAAGACCAAUGGGAUCAGGGAAAUCGAACACCGUCUUCCAAACACCAUCCGAGAUACAAUUCACCUGGUCAAGGAGCUCGGCAUCCGAUAUCUGUGGGUAGACUCUCUCUGCAUCCUCUGGGACAACGACGAGAUACGGAGACUCAACAGUGAUCACAUGGACACUAUAUACGGCCACGCGGCUCUCACUAUUUGUGCAGCUGAUGGUGGGGACGCAGAUUGUGGACUCGUGGCUCUUCACCCGACUGAAUCGCGAUAUCAGCCGCGCACGGAACAGCAUGUCGAGAAGGUCAAGGAUGAUCUCCGACUCAUGCUCGUUUAUCCCUACGAACACUACAUCAGCCGGUCAUCGUGGAAUAUGCGCGCCUGGACUUUCCAAGAGCGCCUCUUAUCCAAGCGUUGCGUCGUCUUCGUCGAUGGCAGGGUGUAUUUCGAGUGCCGAUCAACAAUGUUCUCGGAACAGAUCUUUGGAGAAAGUCCAGAGUCAGCGUGGUAUUUGGACCUGCUGAAUGGAUCUUUGCAGCAAUACAAGAAACUCAGCGAUCAGCCAGUGGAAGUAUACACCGAGACUGUGAAACUUUACACGAGCCGGGAGUUGACUGUCGAGGAUGACAUCUUGGCUGCUUUCAACGGUAUCGGCAAAGAGAUCUGCGGGAAGCUCAACGGCGAGCAGGUCUUUGGUCUGCCGUCCAGUCAUUUUGACUACGCUCUGCUCUGGCAGCCCGACCGCUCGCCCGAGCGCAGGGCAACGAAAGGUCGCUUGAGCUUCCCUAGCUGGUCGUGGUGCGGCUGGAAGGACGCACGAAUGGUGUAUUCUCGGGAUUUCGUUGAAGACAUAUCUGGUAAUGUGAAUGAAUGGCUUUUGAGCCACACUUGGAUAAUCUGGUACAUUCGCGAUGGCCAGGGAAAUCUGAGACUUGUGUGGGACCCUGCGCUCCAUGAGCACAAGGCAACGUCUGUUGCUGGCCGCUGGAGGGGCUACCGCUGUCAGGACAGUCCGUUACAGGAUUAUGAUGCGAGGUCGGAUCUUGACACAUACCUUCGACCUGUUGAAGACCGGAUGAAACAGCGUGCGUCAAACGAAUUCAAAAAGACGAUUCCCAAGUAUCCAUUCGGUGUCCGCAUGGUACCGCCCGGCAAACCCUCCAUUUCGGUGGACCAUCGUUUCGAUCGCCUAGGGGACCAACGCUUCCUCCAAUUCUGGACGUGGUCGGCUCGUUUUCAUCUCGAAGCCGACGGGGAUAUCGACGAGGACUCCGAAGAAUUGAUCCGCUUCUCCAUUCUAGACAGCAACUACAGUCACGUUGGAAGCAUUUUGCUCGACAGGUCGUGGAUAGGCAAAGCCGACAGCGGCCAGGGACACGACUUCAUUGCCAUCUCGGAAUCCAAGAGCUUCUCCGAGGACGAGAUGGGAGAAUGGAAUUUUGUCGAGCCCGUGCAGCAGAGCAAGGCGAGGUGGUAUGUCUACAAUGUGCUGCUACUCGAGGGUGAUGAUGAGAUCAAGAGCGUCUCGCGGAGAGCUGGACUGGGAAAGAUAUACAAGAACGGAUUUGAUACUGCGAUGCCGAUCUUCGACGAUGAUCGCAAGCGCAAAGAGUGGAAAGAAAUCAUUUUGGGCUAA